AUGGAUUUAGCGAUGGUUUUAAGGGCUAUUGCUAAAGCAACAACUCUCCAAACAUUGUUGAGCAAUGGUUUUAUGGAAGGUUGUGCUCCAUCGAGUAAUACUUUAGGUCCCUUACUGUCAAGUCCUUCAACUGCAAAACACAGUUCCAUGACGUAA